UUCUGAUGCGUGGCGGCUCUAGCCCCGGAGCGAGAGGCCGAGAAUUGCCCAAAGCCCGGAAAUCCUGGGAAGCCAAGGGUGGGAAGCGGGAGGUGGCGCGGCUGGAAAGCCCCCGAUGGACCGGGUGUUGUUAUAGGACCUGGGCGAUCCUCUGUGGCUGCCACUUUUCCCAAGAACGAUCCCCAGAGCUUAGUCCGGCGCCGCUCCCGCCCACACCUCCAGGUGUGCAUUCCCCGCCCUUAAUUACGCUCCUAAAACUGAUAGUUUGCACUUGCAAAGUUUCACUGGGAAAGCGGAAGAGAAAUGUGUAACCCUGGCUGUGGAGAACUAAGCGAGCACAGUCACGCUUGUUUUGGUCUGCAGACCGAGUCAAUGGACAACUCAGAAACAGAGACGUGUGCACCUUUCUAGCAGAAAAGUCGACUCUUGGUUUCUUUGCAGCCUCCAGUUAGAGGCUGUGCUGGGAGAAACUUGGUGUCUUCUGCGAAGUUGAGAAACUGAACUACGAGAAAGGCCCUACUUCAGGGGUUUUGCGGGCCCGCGAUGUUUUCCAGAGCUUUGCGAGGGGGACGAGUAGAGCGACAAAAUGAAAAUGCACCGUGUGGGGGAGCCCACCCAGCCCAGCAAGCUGGCGGGCGCUGAGGCGAGCGCGGGAGGGGUGCACAGCUCCUCCUAGCAUGACUGUGAUCUGAUCAACAACCAAGGUAACUUGACUCCUGUGGCUGGCACUGCUGUGCUGGGGCCUGGUCACUGCCCACAACUACAGAGCUGCCAUGGUUGCUGCCUUCACUUCAACCCCUGUAAAUUCACAACCACAGUUCACAGCCAUGAAUGAACCACAGUGCUUCUACAAUGAGUCCAUUGCCUUCUUUUAUAACCGGAGUGGAAAGUAUCUUGCCACAGAAUGGAACACAGUCAGCAAGCUGGUGAUGGGACUUGGAAUCACUGUCUGUAUCUUCAUCAUGUUGGCCAACCUACUGGUCAUGGUAGCAAUCUAUGUCAACCGCCGCUUCCAUUUUCCUAUUUAUUACUUAAUGGCUAAUCUGGCUGCUGCAGACUUCUUUGCUGGGUUGGCUUAUUUCUACCUAAUGUUCAACACAGGACCCAACACUCGGAGAUUGACUGUUAGCACGUGGCUCCUCCGCCAGGGCCUCAUUGAUACCAGCCUGACGGCGUCUGUGGCCAACUUACUGGCUAUUGCGAUUGAGAGGCACAUUACGGUUUUCCGCAUGCAGCUCCACACACGGAUGAGCAACCGGCGGGUGGUGGUGGUGAUUGUGGUCAUCUGGACUAUGGCCAUUGUCAUGGGUGCUAUCCCCAGUGUGGGCUGGAACUGUAUCUGCGAUAUCGAAAAUUGUUCCAACAUGGCACCCCUCUACAGUGACUCUUACUUAGUGUUCUGGGCUAUUUUCAACUUGGUGACCUUUGUCGUCAUGGUGGUUCUCUAUGCUCAUAUCUUUGGCUAUGUUCGCCAGAGGACUAUGAGAAUGUCUCGGCAUAGUUCUGGACCCCGGAGGAAUCGGGAUACCAUGAUGAGUCUUCUGAAGACUGUGGUCAUUGUGCUUGAGAGCUCUGUGAUGGGAAGAGAAGGCUUCCCAGUCGGUCCUGUCGCUAGAGGAAAGGAGUGGAUACAAGAGGCUCUUAUUCCCUGGCCACCGGUGACCAGCUACACAUCCUGUUGCUCUGCAGAAGAACCAGAGCCACCCCAAGUCUCCUGAGGUCCCUGUGGCAUCCCUGUUAAGACUCUUUGAGGUAGAACCUAAGAGAAUAUUCAUGAGAGCCCCGAUUGUCUGGCCAGCCCUGAGGCUGGCUUGGCAUCCUGGGUGUGGUCAGGAGAGACACCCCACAGAAGCCCCACAGUGCUGCCCAGACCCCAAGUCCUCGGCCCUGGUCAAAAGCGAAAACAACUUUCAAAUACCAGUUCUUUAUACCCUUUUGUUGCCCAGCUCCAUUCAAAUAUUUUUACUCAGAAGAAACUUUUAAACAGAAACAAAAAAUAAAAAUACCACAUUAACCUCACAGAGUUUCUUUUGAGGUGUGGACAGAGUAGCCAGAACAUGAAGCUCUUUCUUAUUUUAGGUCUGAUUCAGACUUUGUAUUCCUGGCGGCUCCUGUCCCCAUAUGAAUGCUGCACAGACAUUUGUCCUUAUCAUUAAAGGUCCUAAAGGAUGCAAAGAUUCCUAGACUGGUGUGUGGUGACCCCUGGGAAUCCACUGUUGCUGAGGGCCUGAGAGCUUAGGUUUGGAAUAAGAUAGGCCAGAGUUGAGAAUUCAAGUUCUGACUCUUCUCUUACUCAUUUCGUAACCGUGAGUGGGUGAUUUAAUCUCUCUGAGCCUCAGUUUCAGAAUUAAUAGAAGAAGCCUAGUAGGACCUUUCUCAAGUGAUUAGGAGCACUUGAUGAGCUGACUUGCAUGAAGCAAAGGUAGCCAGGGUCCGGCUAAUAUAAAACACUGAGUGGUGGCAAAUACCCUCAUCACUAUUAGGUCUUGUCGGCAUGUGCACCCUCCCCUUUUCUCUCCUCCUGCCAUACCCGCAGACCAGCAGACGUACAACAGUGGAUUUGGUGGUUGAGAUGGUGCUUCCUUUUUAUGACAUGGUGUAAAAGUCCUGUGUUUCAGCAGCUCUUGGCUCCAAUAACAGGCGGUACUUUUUAUUCGGCCUGGCCGUUGCUUUUCCAAAGAUAUAUCUGUACUGCAGAGGUGUCUACAUCUUACUUCCUGAGCCUCAGUUCUAUGUAUUGGAAGUCCUGUUAGCAUCAUAAGUAAUGGCAGUUUUGACCUGGUAACUCUCUGAAGAUUAAAUGGCGUUAACCAUUAAAAUGAAUUUUGAAAAAAAAAAAAAGAAUUUUGAAAUGGAACAGGCCACUCUGCCAAUAUUUAUUAGAAGGGGUCAUCAGGGGGCACGUGGGUGGCUCAGUUGUUAAGCAUCUGCCUUCGGCUCAGGUCAUGAUCCCAGGGUCCUGGGAUCGAGCCCCACAUCUGGCUCCCUGCUCCACGGGAAGCCUGCUUCUCCCUCUCCCACUCCCCCUGCUGGUGUUCCCUCUCUCGCUCUGUCUCUUUCUGUCAAAUAAAUAAAAUCUUAAAAAAAAAAAAAAAAAGGGUCAUCAGGGGGCGCCUGGGUGGCACACUCCGUUAAGCAUCCGACUCUUGGUGUCAGCUCAGGUUGUGAUCUCAGAGUGGUGAGAUCGAGCCCCACGUCGGGCUCUGUGCUCAGUGUGGAGUCUGCUUAACACCUUAACACUCUCUCUCUCUGCCUCUGACCCUCUGCUACCCCUGCACCUCUCCCCAUCGCCCUGCUCGUACACGCGUUCUCUGUCUCUCAAAUAAAUAAAUCUUAAAGAAAAAAAAAAGGGUCUUCAGUUCCUUCAAAUGGAUGUGCUGUGCUUAGGGCACAGCUGACAGCCCAGCCACCGGUUAGGGCACCAUUCUGUUUGCUUUUGACCUACAGUGAGGGACCAUGUUUGGCAUAAAUGGAAGAAUAGCCAGAGGUUGGGGUCAUGACACCUUAUUGCUGUUCUCUGUUCAGGCCCAGCUUUACAGUGUAUCCAGCUAGGAUUAUCUUAGUUGGGGCCUCAUCACUGUUCAUCUGGAAAGAAAAGGAUAAAAGAUAUUUAACUCCUAAUCUCUCACUGCUACUUCAUCAGUCUCCUUGGAGUAUCAUUAUGGACAUUCCAUGAUGGCGGGGCUUUAUCUUAUUUCCCAGCACCUAGAACAGGGCCUAGCAGUUAGCCAACUCUAGAUAUUUGUUGAAUAAAUCAGUGAAAUAUACCUUUUAUUCUGUAUAGAAUUUUGCAGGCUCCCUAGUAACAAUAGAAAUAUACCUGUAUAACUUGAAAUUCAGUGCAAUGUAUUAAUGAGCCUCAUUCAAAGGGGUGUUUAUUAUAAGGUAGUUAUAAUAAGGCAGUUCCACAUCCUGCCUGUCAAGGACAUUUUUUUAGGCUGGGUUCCAGCAUGAGCUUGUUAAUAAUAGUUUAUUUUGCCAACAGACAUGUAUUGAAUGUCUAAUAGGCCCUCUGUUAAGGAGGAGGGAUGCAAAGAUCAGUGAAAAUACGGGCCCUGUUCUCAAGGAGCUCUCGUUUUAGUAGAUCAGGAUAGAUAAGUAAAUGCAAUAUAGUAUGGUAAAUAAAAUAUGCAAGGUGCUGUGGGAAUGCUGUCUUCCCAUUGUCUUUCCCAUCAGGAAAGACUUCAUGAUGGUGAUUAGGAGUUACGUCUUAGAUGAUAUAUUAGCGUUUGCCAUGUGAACCCCAGCAGAGAAAUAAUUUCAGUAAGAUAUUCUUGGUACUCUGAGUUGAAUUAAAUAUUCAGUCACCUCCUUAUGUUACAGUUAAUGUCACUUAGAUAUGACAGUAACUCCUGUUAGGCUUGCAAAUCUGCUGGGGGCGGGAGGGAAAGCUUGCAUAAUUUUAAGACAAUAUUGUGCAUAUCAUUUUUUUGCCUACGUUUGUGCACUGGUAUAAUACAUUUUUUUUUUAAUUGGCCAUAGUAAGCAGUUUCACAUGCAAUUGUUUGUAAAGUAAAUGAGUUUGGUUACAGGAAAGGGAUGAAUUUCUACAUGUGCAAACUAACAUCCUGUGGGAAGUAAGAAGGGCUCUGUAGUGACAUGUUUCAGGACCUGAAAGAUUAUUGCCAGGAAAUAGCGACACCUACACUUAAACACACAUAUGUGCAUGGGAAUUGCCAGCUUUAGCAAAUAAAAAUAAUGUUUAUGGGAUGUGCUAAGAAAAGUACUCAUUGUUUAUCUGGAAGUCAGAUGUAACGGGGCAUGAUACAUUUUAUCUGGCAACCCCAAUACACAGCGGUGAGUGGGAACAAAAGCAUUUUAGAUGGCAAUCAACUCUAUCUGUGGAGAUUUUUCUCUGUCUUACAGGUUUCCAUAUUAUCCUGAGGUCGAUUUAAGUACAUGAAGGGUUUCGCUUAUUUAAUACUUCUGAUUUUUAUUUUGAGUUGUCUAGUAAUAAAGGGACAUAGCUGGUUUAUAGAAUCUUCUGUGUCUCAGAAGCUGUGUAGGCUUAUGAGCGUACUGUAUACCACGUACAUCCAGUUCAAAACGGAAUUAUUCUCCCCUUUUACACAUUCUUUGUCAAGCUCUUUGAAAAAAAAGUAUUUUAAUGAAGUUUGUUUUUCCAUAGAAACAAAGGAUUUUUUUUCUUGUGUUUAUACCUUUGAUAUUUUUUUCCUUUGAGAUCUAAAUUACAGCCUUAUGCCUCUGAGAAGCUACUUUUUAUUCAUGUAUUUUAGUGGAGAUGAUAGUGUCUAGACUGAGUGUGGUCAUGGCUUUACUUAAACCCUGGCAGGUCUCCUCCGCCAAUAGAGGAGUUAUUGUGAUGAUCCAAAGCAAAUAAGUUCUAAUAGGGUGACAGAGCAGUCACAGGGUCUUUUUUGAAGAAGUGGGAUUUAAUCUGGCAUCGGGAGACUGGAAAUUCAUGGCUUCACCUAUUUAUCCUGUCCAAGCAGACCUUUGCUGACAAAAAAACACUGCAUUUUAAGCAGGGUUUUCCAUGAGUUCAUUCUAAAUGGGUAUUUCUGCACUUCAGAAAGCUUCUCUUCAUGCGACCAGGCAUGAAUUCAUCUGCUCGAGUUAUUUUCCUUUCUUUUAGGAGAGGGAAGAUACACUUAGGAGCCCAGCCUUCCAGGACCUGCCCAGGAAACUGAUGAAGUGAAAAGUUGACAAGCUUUUGCGGCAGCCAGCAAGUGAUUCACCAUGUUACACUGCAGGGAUUUGCUUUGCUAACCUUGCUGAGCACGUGGUACCCUGGAAUGCUCCUUUGUAUAUUGCCCCAGCCCCAAAGGAAAAGCCGUGCUAUAAAUUGAGCUGGAAUUAGUGAGUUUCAGAACAAAAACAGGAGUCUGUAUUUGGACAUUCUACAAAGAACAUAUGAACAUAUGUAAUGAUCAAAUACACAGAAGUUGUAGAGAUGAGAAGUGCUAGCUUUAUUUAAUUUGGCAAAUUCUAAUGUCUUGGUCGGAGGUGGGGGGGCAAGUGAAGACGUUUUCAUAAAAAUAAAUUAUUUCCAAAAUACCAUGCAUGUACUCUAGCAUAUUCACAAGUACCAAUACAUAACAUGUUAUUUAAAAUGCAAGAGAAUGCUGUGGAAACGAAAUGUGAGUAGUAAGUCUAAGAUAACAAGACUGCUAUAGUUCUGUAAUGGAAUUUUUUUUUUUUAAUUAUUUGAGAGAGAGAGAGCAUGAGCAGGGUGAAGGGCAAAGGGAGAAGCAGACUCCCCGCUGAGCAGGGACCCCCCCCCUGCCCCCCGACGUGGGGCUUGAUCCCAGAACUCCAGGAUCAUGAUCUGAGCCAAAGGCAGACGCUUAACCGACUGAGCCACCCAGGUGCCCCUGUAAUGGGAUUUCUUAACAUUGUAGUUCAAUCUAAUUGGGUUCUGUUACUUUUAAGGCUAAUGCCUUAUGUAAAUUUAAAAGACAUUAGAAGCAGGAGCAGAAAAAAUUAGAAACUGAAUUAGAAAAUACAGUCAUUUAUAUAGUGAUCUGUCUGUAAUCCAUUACAUAGUAAGUGAUCUAACUAUUACAGUAUAAUACAUGUCCCGUGUGUUGCCCCUCAGCAGUCAGACUUACAGCUUUAAUAAUAGUGUUGUGGGUAGCUUUAUUACUCUGUAACUUAUUGAGGUUAUGGAAUACUUUGACCCAUUGUUUUGUGUAGAUCUCAAGGACAUUUUUGUACUGUCUUUUUACGUAUACAUAUUGAUAUCAGAGUAACAUUUUUGUUGAGAAGGUAUUUUCUGAAGUAUACAUAACUAGUCUAUUUUAAUUACUUCAACAAUUUAAUAUAUAGCACAAUUAAAGCAUUUCUAGUUUGCUACUUUUUUCAGAUUUAAAAAUCUGAAAUUUUUAAGAGAAUCACAUGUUUUUGUAUAGAUUGUAAAACGGCUUAAUUUAUCAGGUUUUUAUUUUUUUGAACAUAUCAGAUUGUAACAAAAUGUCUACCAUUGUGAGUUUUCAUUUUUCCUCCCACAUUGACUUUUCCUUGGCCUUACUUUAUAGCUAAAUUUUAUAAAAAAAUACUUGAUUUGGAGGGGGUUAAUUAGUAACAAGUGUCAUUACAGUUUAGCUAUUAAUUUUAUUUUUAAGUUUUUCUACCAAUUUCAACUUUUCCUGAGUCGAUAUUUAUGGUUUUGUUUCUUUUUUAACUUAUGAUGUAUUAUUUGUUUCAGAGGUACAGGUCUGUGAUUCAACCGUCUUACACAAUUGACAGCGCUCACCAUAGCACAUACCCUCCCCAGUGUCCAUCACCCAGAAAUAAUAAUGGUUAACAUUUGAGGGUUUAUUAGAUCAAGACUCAUUAAAUCCUAUUACUUUGCCCCAAAUAUAUAUAAUAUAAAAAUUUCAAGCAAGAAUCUUAGUCUCUCUGAAUUUCAAUUCCAUCAUCUGGCACAUAUGGAUAAUACAUUUUUGUGAAGAUCAUACAUGAUAGUGAUUGUGAAAGCUCUUUUUAUAGGAAGUGUCACAUAAAUGUAAGUUAUGAAUGUUUUUGCAGCUGCAGCUUACAGAGCAGUGACCCAAAAAAAAGUUUGGAAUGCUAAGCAAGAAAUGUGAUGUUGUGUGGUUGCAAAGGCAUUAACUAUAUUCUUUCUUUUUUUUUUUUAAAGAUUUUAUUUAUUUAUUUGAGAGAGAGAGAAUGAGAGAGAGCACAUGAGAGGGGGGAGGGUCAGAGGGAGAAGCAGACUCCCUGCUGAGCAGAGAGCCUGAUGUGGGACUCGAUCCAGGGACUCCAGGAUCAUGACCUGAGCCGAAGGCAGUCCCUUAACCAACUGAGCCAUCCAGGUGCCCCGGCAUUAACUAUAUUCUAACUUCCAGUUUGCCGCUUACUUUGGGCAAUCCACUUGUGAUUGUCUUCAUCUGGCCCACGGAGGGCUUCACUCUGUCGAUGUGUCUGCAGGUGUGGCCCAAGGACCACCAGCAUGUGAGUCACCUGGGCUGCUUGUUGAACAGGCUGAUGGCUGGGCUCUAGCCCAGACCUGCUGAAGCAGGAUCUCUGUGGUGGCAUCCGGUCAUCCGUAGUUGAGUCACGUAGACCUGGCGUUAAACCUGACCUUGCUCGUUUCUAAAAUCUAUUUUUCACCUUUCCUACUCAAAGAGACAGAUUAUGGGUACCACUUACACGGUGAGUUAGGGCUGGCGAUUGCCCUCACACUUGUGUUUGUAGACUCGCUUUGCAAGCGGUAGAAUGAGGAGAGAAAGGUAACGGAGGUUGGAGUUAGGGAGAAAAUGGUAUUAGUAAGAUAAGAUGCUUGGCUCUUGAAAAGCUUACUAUAAAGAAGAUUGAUAUUUUUGCACUAAAUAGACUUUACUCUCAACAUAUUUGAAAUAUCCACGCUGAUUGUUAGCACCCAAGGAAAAUUUGUCACCUGUGAUUUAAUGACUGAAAAUGCAGCUGACUUACUAUAAAGGUCCCUUGAGAAAUCAUGGCAGGUCUAAGAUUUUUUUCAGGUAGGCAUGUCAUUUUCUGUUCCAAGGAGAACAUUUGUAUCCCCCCCCCCCCCACCCAAGAGAGGAGAUAAGGCAAACAUGUUCUUUUUUGGGGGGUUAACCUGAUGCAGUUGUAUGUGUCUGCAUGGAGACCUUUACAGAGAAGGACAGAUUGAUCAUUUAGUUGUUCACAGGUUAAAGAAUAUUCUGUCCCUGCUAUUCCUUCAUUUUCUUCUAGAGGCAGCCUGGCAUAAAGAGCAUGGGAUUAGGAUGGAUAUGUCCAUGGGUUAAAAAUCCCAGUUCAGCUGACAUAUCAGCUUUGACCCUGGGCAAUAUUUUUGACCUUUCAGGGCUGCUUUUUCCCUCCUGGGGGGAGAGCAUUACUUAUCACUCUCUCCUCAAAUGGGGAGGUUAUUUUGAGAAUUAAAUGACCUAUGUUAAGUGCUUACAAUCUUGGCUGGCACCUGUUCAAGCGAACAUGCUUCCCUGUUAUUCUGCGUUCAUGAAAGUUCCACCUGCAACGGGCUGCGAUUAAUUUUUUGAACUGUUUUCCCAGCAUGGUCAUUUCUUGGAACCAUUUAGCCUCUUCUAUACACCUAUAUUAUCACUGGUGGCAUUUUCUCCCUGUCUGCCCAUAGAAAUGGAGCUGAGAGCCCUAUAUGGGGAUUCAACCCAUUAGUUUGUCCAUUCAUCUAUCCAUGUAGAUCUAGAAUGUACAUCUAUCCAUGUAGAUCUACAUCUAUUUGUCCAUGUACAUCUAUCCAUGUAGAAUCUUAGAAACUUGGUGUGGAAUGAGACUUACAAGGAUCAUGGGAUUUAUACCCUCUUACAAAGCCAGAAGAACAUGUGGUCUUUCAGCCUCUGCUCAAACACCUUGGAUUCAUGGAGCAUUCUUGUCUCUCUAGAGACCAGACUAUCCUCAGAUAUAGAUGGACUAUUACAGAAAUUUAGCCACAGUCUGGGAUGGAACUGUUUUCUCGGGUACCACUCACUGGAUCUAGUUAUUGCCUCUUAGUGCCAUAAAGAACACUGCAAGUAUUUACAAACUAAUUCAGUUCACAUGACCUAUAUUGCCUUUUGUGUAUUGGAAUAACUAAUACCCAAAUGUAUAAUCCCUACUCAUUUACCAAUAUGACCCAACUACAAGGCAGGAUGGGAGUAAAGUAAUGACAGAGUUAUGAAGCAAACAUGGCCCUGCCAUCCUAAAGCCCACAGUCUGGUAAGAAAGAUUCCAUGUGUAUAUAGAUGAUUAUUGUAAAAGGCAGGAGGUGACAAAAAUACCAAAAAAGGAAGUAUAAAGCUAUCUAAAAAUGGAGAGAAGGGAGAGAACCCUGUCAGUAUAAUCAGGAAAGCUCUUUGUAAAUGAGGUUUUGAGUAUUACAGUGUAGGUGAUGAUGGAGGAAAGAGGUAUUGUUGGACUGCAUUUACCUCUUUUAGAUACUGAACCCCUUUUGAAUAUUUAGGACUUUUUUUUUGAUUACCAAGGUAACACACAUUCGUCAAGAGGGAAAGAAGGGAAGAUGAAGAAAAUUAAAAAAUUAGGACGCCUGGGUGGCUCAGUUGUUAAGUGUCUGCCUUCGGCUCAGGUCAUGAUCCCAGGGUCCUGGGAUCAAGCCCCACAUCGGGCUCCCUUCUACGUGGGACGCCUGCUUCUUCCUCUCCCACUCCCCCUGCUUGUGUUCCCUCUCUCACUGUGUCACUCUCUGUCAAAUAAAUAAAUAAAAUCUUAAAAAAAAAAAAGAAAAUUAAAAAAUUAAAAUUUAGAAUUCUAAACAUUUUAGAGAAAAAGCAAAAUAUUAAAAUGAAUACAGUUUCUUUCCAGUCCUUUAUUUUAAUGAAUACUUUUCAGUUGAGAUUAUAUAGUACAGUUUUGUUGCACAAUUUAAAAAAAUACCCUGUGCUUGUUAAUGCCAUUAAGUAAUCUUUGAAAACAUGAGUUUUCUUUUUAUUAUUGAAGUAUAAUUAACAUACAGUAUUCUAUUAUUUUCAGGUAUACUGUAUAGUGAUUCAACUAUUCAUUACUCAGCAUUCAUCAAGACAAGUGUACUCUUAAUCCUGCUCACCUAUUUCACCCAUCCCCACACCCAGUUCCCUUCUGGCAACUACCAGUUCUCUGUAUUUUAAGAGUCUGGUUUGUUUGUUUGUUUGUUUGUUUGGUCUCCUUUUUUCUUUGCUCAUUGUUUUGUUUCUUAAAUUCCAUGUAUGAGUAAAAUCAUAUGGUAUUUGUCUUUCUGACUUAUUUAAGUUAGCAUCACACCCUCUAGGUCCAUCCAUGUUGUUGCAAAUGACAAGAUUCAUUCUUUUUUAUGGCUGAGUAAUAAUCCUGUGUGUGUGUGUGUGUGUGUGUGUACUUACAUACUAUGUACAUACACCACAUCGUCUUUAUCCAUUCAUCAUCCAUUGAUGGACAUUUGAGUUGCUGCCAUAAUUGGGCUAUUGUAAAUGAUGCUGCAGUAAACGUAGGCGUGUAUCUAUUUUUUUCAAAAUUCAUGUUUUCAUUUUCUUUGGGUGAAUACCCAGUAGUGGAAUUACUGGAUCCUAUGGGAGUUGUGUUUUUAAAUUUUUCGAGGAACCGGGCGCCUGGGUGGCUCAGUUGGUUAAGCGACUGCCUUCAGCUCAGGUCAUGAUCCUGGAGUCCCUGGAUCGAGUCCCGCAUCGGGCUCCCUGCUCGGCAGGGAGUCUGCUUCUCCCUCUGACCCUCCCCCCUCUCAUGUGCUUGCUCUCUCUCAUUCUCUCUCUCUCAAAUAAAUAAAUAAAUUUUUC